AUGGCUACGGUACUCGCUCCUAUCGUUCAGACCUCCACUCCGAUUACGAUGCUGCACUCGUCCUCCGAUGCCUUCCAGACACCUUCGGCACAGGCCCACCACACACAGCAACGAUCGUCACAGAUGCCACGAAGCCAAUCGUACGCUCAGGCGGCGGGGGCUGGGUACCGGGGCACCUCUGCUCCGAUAGCACCAUAUGCCUUCUCAAGCACGCCGCAGCUACGACAAGACACACGGUCGACGUCGACACAGCAACAGCAGCCUCUGCCGCAGCAAGCGCAGGCUGCGAAUCCUGCCCGUCUGGGCCACCCCACGCACGCAUCCUCAUCUUCGGACUCGACUGUAUCCACAUCGGGCUCUUCGAGCCGCUCUGCGGCUCCGUCGUUCACUACCCGAGAGGAUGGCGAUUUCCGAAAAUCAGUCGCUGAUAACCUUCCCGCCUCCACAAAUCUCUUCACUUCUGUACCGGAUCUUUCAUUGUCCAUGCCAGAUGCUUCCGUCAAACCAUCACCUGGUCGGUAUCGACGGACUGCGAGCAGAACCGACUCUUCUGCCAGCGCCACGGUGACCACGCCAACCCAGCAGUCGCCCAACGCCACUGCGACUGUCCCUCCAUCAAACACGCGACCCAACCAUGGUCUGCAGUUGAACACCACCGAUCUCAUCCCACCGGCAAGACCGGGCCACAAUCGCGCCAGCAGCGUGGAUGAUAUGCAGAUGCAAAGAGGGGCCACCAGCGAGCAGGCGAAGCGUUAUAGGAGACGCAGCCUGAGCAGCAUCGAGGCCAUGGCUUCCACUGCGGCACCACUUUCUGCUGUCACAGCUGCCUCAACUGUCGCGCGGCCGACUUUGGACGCACGGCCUGCAUCCAGCUCAAAUCGUCGACCAGGCUCGAGUCAGAGCCACGAGAGACAGGGUAGCUCGGGUAGCACGACAUCUUCCCAUGCGUCGAACAGGCCAUCUUCACGUCAUGAAACUACCCCGUCGCGCGCCCCUCCAGCAACAGCUUCCGCGCCUGCUGCCAAAGCGCCAGAGCCGAACCGACGCAUUGCGCCCUCACCGUUGUCCCAGCCCAUCUCCCCUUCCGAACCCACAAACCCUACCCCUCAGAUGUCGUCUGCAAGCCCAGCAGUCAAGCAACUCACAGCUUUGAAUGACAAAGACGGAACCAAAGGAAUGAAGUCUCGCUUGCGCCGAGCCUUUUCGUUCGGCAGCGCUGCUGAGCUUCGUCGGGCGUCCGCCGAGAACAAUCUGAACGCUGGAAGGGCCAAGUUGCAAAAAGAUCGGUAUCAAAGUGAAGAGGAUGCAGAACAAGCAGCCAUUGUAGCAAAGCAAGAGGCAGCCGGAAUUGGCGCAGGUAUCUACAACGGACAGGGUGGAUUCACAAGUUCUACCGAUAACAUCUCGAUAUCCUCCACAGCUUCGUCCGCUUCCAUUAUGCUGAGGAAGAUGGGUCACGGCAUGAAGAAGGGCACCCGAUCGAUCAAGGGCCUCUUCAGACCCAAAUCUGUCAUUGGAGUUCCCGCAGCUGACGGCCCCAUAAUGCAGCCACAGGUUUCGCGCGUCACUGUUGAGGCUGAGCGCCAGAAGGUCAACGUGAAUGCGAACCCCCACGAGAUUGGUGGCGGAACAGGGUAUCCUCGCCUGGAGCGCAACUCUAUCGAUGCAGGUCGUAGUACCGAUACUAGCAGCUUGGUUGCUCCGUCGAGUGAUUCCCUAUCUCGUAAGAGCAUCAUCGGUGGAGACCGCGAGCGUGCUGAGGUGCUCUCCUCGAUGAAAAAGGGGAUUUUGAAGAGGACAGACACAAAUUCCGAGACUUCAUCACCGAUCGUUCGACCUGUAGAUGCUCGCAACGAGUCCCCCAAAUCGAGCGCCCCCAGCACACCUGUGAACGAGCGAAACGACUACUUCACUCGCCCACCGCGUCUGGCCAACCCCAGCACACGGAGCCUGCCCAACACGCCCAACGGCUCGCGCGGUAACAUCUCGUUCAGCCCUCGUCUUCAGUUCUACGACGCAUGGUCCGCUUCUGACUACGACCGCCGUGGAGACAUUGCUACCUGCAACAGGCUCACACCCAUGCUUGCCCAGCAGAUCAAGGAGGAGCUGAAUUCCUUCAAGAUGGAGAUGGAGGUCCAUGAGCUCUCCAAACCACACACCCAUUUUUUCUAA